UCUCUCUAGACCACAGAGAACGCUGUGGUUUUCUUAUAUAUACUGUCUAUGGUUUUUAUCAGAGAGAUUUGAUAGUGGUCAGAAAGGAUCGUUGUUCUCGUUACUCGCCGAAAGGAAGGAAAUACGAUGGCUAGUAAUACGACGAUACUGGCGUUGGCAGCUCUCGGGCUUCUUCUUGUGGAAAAAGAAAGACGUCGCAGGCGAAAAAUAAGAAGAAACCGCACUAAGCGGGCGAAGUCGUGGAUCUCACAGCGACAGGCUCAGGGAGCUCUCCCGAAUUUGUGUCGGGAACUGGAGUUGGACGAGCCAUAUGAUUUCAAAAAUUUCGCUCGGCUCUUUCCUGCCCAGUUCCACAUGUUGGAGGAACUGGUCACACCGAAUAUCCAGCGGUGCAGCACCAAUAACCGUGAUUGUGUAUCUGUCGGUGAACGUCUGACGGUCACACUGCGCUUCCUCGCAACAGGGGAAAGUUUCAAGACUCUUUCAUUUCUGUUUCGAAUGGGGGUCUCCACAAUUCGGCAAAUCGUUCCUGAAACCUGUCACGCCAUCUACCAGGUCUUAAGAGAGAAAUAUCUGAAGUGUCCAGACACAGCGCAUGACUGGCAGCAGGUAUCCAGUGGAUUCAUGUCUCAGUGGAACUUCCCAAAUUGCCUGGGUGCUCUGGAUGGGAAACACGUAAACAUUCGCCCCCCACCAGUGACUGGAUCAAUAUACUACGUGGCACUGGUCGACAGCUCGUACAGGUUUCUGUAUGUGGAUGUCGGUUGUAAUGGGAGAAUUUCUGAUGGUGGAGGGUCUCGUGGAUGCACGUUAGCAGAUGCCCUGGUAAACAGAACCACCAACAUCCCUGCCCCUGCACCACUUCCAGGUUCUGACCAGCUGGCUCCAUACUGCAUUGUGGCAGAUAAGGCGUUUCCGUUGACAGACUACCUGUUGAAGCCAUAUGUCAACCGCAGACUCACUGUAGAGCAGCGCAUCUUCAACUACAGGCUGUCGCGAGCUCGGACGGUUGUGGAAAAUGCAUUUGGGAUCAUGGCCAACCGCUUCCGUGUCUUACUAACCACCAUCAACAUCCAGGACACUGUCACAGUGGAGUACAUUGUCCUGGCUUGUUGUGCUCUGCAUAACUUUCUACGGAGUGAGGCCAGCAAUGUAUACAUGGCAGACAUUGUGGACCAGGAAGGACCAGAUGGAGACAUUAUUGAAGGAAGAUGGAGGCAAGACUCUGUCCUACAACAAGCCCCCCUGCCAAAAAGCAACAAUGCAGCAGUAAGGGCCAAACAGAUCAGGGAUGAACGAUGUCGUUAUUUCAUGUCUGAUACUGGUGCAGUGCCUUUUCAAUGGGGCAAGAUAUAGGACAGAUUGUCUGUGUGUAAAGGAAGAUAUCUUGUUGUUUCAAUUGUGAUUAUUGAGAAGGAUCAAUAAAAAUCAUAUCAAUCAUAA